AUGGAAGAUGAACAGGCAUGCCAGAUGGAUAGAUGUUGCUAUAUAUGUGGUGAUAUUGGCUUUGCUGAGGCAUUAGUUACUUGCUCUCAUUGUAAAGAAACUAAUGAGCAUUUGUAUUGCAUGCGAAACUAUUUUGAGAAGUACCCGACAGAUUGGUAUUGCAAUGAAUGUGAGCCUAGAGCUGAAACAAUUUCCCCAGCAUCUUGUCCAAGGGGAGACUUACCGAGAGGGUCAAAGUUAAUAAACUUUGGAACAGUGCACCAUGAUGCUACCCCUUCUUCAAAGAGUCGAAAAUUAUCAAAUGAAACAAGACAGGUUUCUGUUAACUUGGAAAAGAAGGUAGCAACUAGGAGUACAAAAUAUAUUCCUGUUACAGAGGCCAUAAAGCUCUCGUCAGGAGCCCCAAAAACUCUGUCUCCUAAAAUGGUUACUCGUCAUACAAUCCCUCCACAACUCAAGACUGAGGUGAAUUUACUUGGGAGAACUUCUAUCAUGCCCCAAACCAUACCCAUGAAGUUCUCUGCAUAUCCGGAUAGAGAAAAGUUUUCUUCAGGUCCUUCACAGAAGUUAAAGCCUCAAAAACAUGGCAAUGUGGAGAUCUCUCGGCGGCAGCAGCAGUCUAAAGAACUCAGAGAAGUGCAAAGACCAGUGAAUGCCAUUCAAACAGCUCCAACUCCUAUUCAUGAACAUAUUCAGAAGGAACGGACUUCAGAAAUCGUAAAUGCAAUCAAGAAGCUCUCACCUGCAUCUUUAUCAGUGUCUCACCCAGUAGUAAUCUCAGAACCAAGGACUUCUAUUGCUGCAAACGUGAACAACAAUAUUCUUCCCUAUAUAGAGCCAAGGGCUUCUACUGUUGACAACGUGAAUAAUAAUAUUCUGCCUUAUGUGGAGGUAUCUACAAGUAAUCCUGCUAUACGUGCUGUGUGGAUGGGAAGCUUCAAUAUUCAUAAUGGUUUUAAACAUGGGACACUCAGUGAUCCAAUCCAAGCCCAUCCUCCUGGAAAAGUUCAUCGAAAGGUCUAUGAAUUCUCAAUGCUAUUGCCCGAAGUCCUUCAUUUUGAGUUAUUCCCGUGUAGAGAACUCUGGAUGAACUUAUUUCAGGCAUAUUGUCCGGAUGGGAAAAACAUUGGGCUUUACUUCUUUCCAAGCAACAGCGAGAGAUCUAAGGAUUACUUUUCCUUGCUGGAGUCUAUGAUUGAGAAAGACUUGGCCUUGAGGAAACAGAUUGCUGACGUUGAACUGCUGUUAUUUGCUUCCACUCGUCUGAGCCCAGAUUGUCAACGAUGGAAUGGGAAGUACUUCCUAUGGGGAUUCUUCCGUCGUGAGAAACGAGAUGACAUUGCAUGCCAAGAUAGACCCCUCACUUUAAAUGUAAGACCUUCAGAUGAAAGUUUUAAUGGGGACAAUGAGGUGAUUGACAUGGAUAUAGAUAUGAUUGGUGGAAAAGAUGUAGGACAAACGGAUAUUUUUGUUCGUAGAGGGGAACAAGGAGGCUCUAGCAAAGAAUCUACUCCUUCCGCCGCCUUACAUGAUGAUUCUCUAAAAGGAGGUCCUGCAUUUGAUGUCAAAAGGGUGAAACUAGAGGACUAUCCCCCGGGAUUUGCAGAGGCGUACUUGCAGAGAGUUUGGAGCUCGCAUGCUUUAUUGAAGAAUGUCUCUGCCGAUGCAGUAGUAGAAUGUGAUAAAUGA